AUGGCUUCAGGGUUGAGUAUUCUUUUGGAGUCACUGGAUAUAGGCACGGAGCGAAGUCAUGAGUUUGCGGUUUCGGCUUUGCUCUAUGUUGCGAGGAGCCGCCAGAACUGGAGGGAGCUGUUGCUGUCGGAGGGGCCUCUUCCAUCCAUCAAGGCUGUGGCCAUGCGAGGCAGCCCUCGAGCGAGAGACAAGGUAGUCCGCCCUUUACCAAUCGUCCAUUCGCCAAUCCACCCAUUAGCAGGACAGCCGUCGCCUCUCAACGGAGGCACCGCGAUGGAGCAUCGGAUGUCGCCACUGCACCAACCCUUCCCCAACAGCCCUUCGUUGCUGCGUCAUCUGCCCAGCAACAAUAUUCUGGACAGAAUCCCCACAUUCGAGCAGCUCUCACAAAGACAGGACGAGUCAGACAACAGAUUCGCCCGACGAAUCUCCGAGGAUGCUUCCAGCGUGUCAACAGACGUCCUCGACGGCCACGCCGAAACUUCCUGGACGGUGUGGUCAGCGGAAUCAGUGGUUUCUGUUCCCUGUGCUCCCGCGACGUUCCAAAAUCCCGCGCAUCCUGCUUCGUAUUACCCGCAGCCUGGCCAGGGGACUGGCGUUGCUGCCGCAUCUGCCGCCGCUCCUUCCGCUCUUGGAGCUCCAGAAGCCGCGGGUUCCGCGCCCACCCAACUCCCCCCGGAAAUUUUCGAGGCGCUGACUAACUUAUCCGCCCCGAAACCCGACGAGACAGAAAAUCGCGUGCUCUUACGGCAGCUCGCCGGUGCGCGGGAGAUUAAAGACAUGGCUCGCGACAAGGCGGCGUUGUGCGGUUCCAUGGUUGAAAGGGGAGCAGCUGAAGCGCUGUUGUUGCUUGUAAACGGCGUGAUAGAAGCGGAGGAAGGAAGGGAGUUGAUGGAUCUGCGGUAUAAGGUUGCUGAGGAGGCAGCUGCCGCGCUGCUGAAUCUGUCUCUCGAUAAGACCGCCAAGCACAUGAUGAGGAGCCGUGGCGUCAUCCCUUGCGUUGUGAGAUUGGCUGGCGUCACCCGUAGUAGUUCACCCAGCCAUGAUGACGCAGACGCCAGGGGUAGUCACGACUUACCCUACGAUGCUCAGCAAGAUGACACCAGCAGCAGCUGUUCAGACAUUGGCGUCAGCGCGCCGAGCACCAGCGCCGCGCGUCUGCGUCUUAGAGAGCUCGCACUGGAGAUAAUCCACAGUCUCGCUAUGGCAACAGCGCUGAAAGAGGAGUUAGUGGAUCAGUCCGUGGUGGAGCCGCUGGUAGGCCUGUUGAGGGAGCCAGCAUGCAGCAAGAAGGGACGGAUGCAUGCAUUGUAUACGCUCUACCUCUUAUCAAAGUGCGGACCUGGUAGAAGCGCUCUUGUGAAUCAAGGCGCUGUGCCUUUGCUGCUGGAGGUGACGCUGUGCGGUACACAGAAAGGCAGCCAUCUGUAUGCAGAGCAGUCAGAAAGGUUCUUUGAAAAGGCCUUGCACGCACUGGCAAAUUUGCGUUCCCGCGUUUCGCCAAUCGCCCAUUCGCCCAUCUACCCAUCAACAGGACAGCCGUCUCCUCUCAACGGAGGCACCGCGAUGGAGCAUCGGAUGUCGCCACUGCACCAAUCCUUUCCCAACAGCCCUUCGCCGCAGCAGCAUCCGCUCAGCAACAACAUUGUGAACAGAAUCCCCACAUUCGAGCAGCUCUCACACAGACAGGAGGAGCCAGAAGACAGAUUCUCACGACGAAGCUCCGAGGAUGCUUCCAGCGUGUCAACGGACGUCCUCGACGCCCACGCGGAAACUUCCUGGACGGUCUGGUCUGAGGAUUCAGCGGCUUCUGUUAACCCUGCUCUCGGGACGUUCAAAAGUCUGGAGCAUUCCGCUUCGUAUCACCCGCAGGGGAGCCACGGCGCCGGCGUUGCAUCUGCCGUCGCUCCUUCCGCGCGUGGAGCUCCAGAAGCCGCGGGUUUUACGCUCACCCAACUUCCCCCGCAGUUUUUUGAGGCGCUGAACUACUUAUCCGCCCCGCAACCCGGCGAGUCGGAAAUCCACGUGCUCUCGCGGCACCUCGCUGGCGCGCAGGAUAUGAAACUCAUGGCUCGCGACGCCGCGGUACGCAGUUCCAUGGUUGAAAUGGGAGCACCGGAAGUUCUGAUGUUGCUUGUAAACGGCGUGAUAGAAGCGGAGGAAGGAAGAGAGUUGAUGGAUUUUCGGUUUCAAGUUGCUGAGGAGGCAGCUGCUGCGCUGCUGAAUUUGUCUCUAGAUAAGACAGCCAAGCACAUGAUGAGGAGCCGUGGUGUCAUUCCUAGCAUUGUGGAGUUGGCUAACAUCACACGUAGCAGUCCAGUCAGUCACGAUGACGCCAGGGGUUGUCACGCCCUACCCAGCAACAAUCAGCAGAAUGACAUCAGCAGUAGUUCCGACGGUAGCGCCCGCACUGCCAGAGCCAGCUCCGUGCAUUUGCCUCUUCGAGAGCUUGCAGCGGAGAUCAUCCACGGUUUUGCUGAGGAGCCGUCGCUGAGAGAGGAUCUAGCGGUUCCGGGCGUGGUGAAACCACUGGUGGGCCUGUUGAGGGAGCCAGCAUGCAGCACGAAGGGACGGGUGCACGCAUUGUAUACCCCUUACACUGAAUGGUGUGCUGCUGUGCAGGAAUUUGUAUGGCUGUACGGUACAUGCAUUGGAUCUGGUUGA